AUGGGAGCAGCUACUGAUUGCGUUCCCAUGGCUGACAAAAAUAUUGUUGACAUCGACCCUUCUUUAAAUGAUGUAGACAAGAUCGACCUUUGUAAACCAGUCACUAUAGAGAAGAUAAAAAAUUCUUUGUUCAGCAUGGAUAAGCAUAAAUCACCGGGUAUUGAUGGGUAUAAUGUGAUGUUCUUUCAGGCUACCUGGAGUACUACUAGUCCAAGCAUCACCACUGCAGUUCGUGAUUUCUUCACUACAACCAGUUUUCUACUCAAGAUGCAACACAUCUUGCCAAAUAUCAUCAACGAAAGCCAAUCUUCUUUUGUUAAAGGUCGAGCUAUUUUUGACAAUAUCAUUCUUAGUCAUGAACGUGUGAAAGGCUACAAUAGGAAAUAUAUUUCUCCUAGAUGUAUGAUCAAAAUAGACCUUCAGAAAGCCUAUGACUAUGUUGAAUGGCCAUUUAUCCAAUGUCUUCUUCACUUAUUAGGUUUUCCUAGCAGGUUUGUUGAUUGGAUAAUGAGUUGUGUCAUGACAAGUUGUGUCAUGACAGUUUCUUAUGUUUUCAAUGUCAAUGGUGAUUUGACUAAACCUAUUAAGGCUAAAAGAGGGUUGAGGCAAGGGGACCCCUUAUCCCCUUAUGUCGUUGUGUUAUUCAUGUCAUACCUAAGAAGAUGUCUAGGUCGACUGAAGAAUACCUCGAACUUUCACUUCCAACCUAGAUGCAAGAAACUUAAUCUCACUCAUGUAUGCUUUGCAGUCGAUUUGCUUCUUUUUUCCAGAGGUGAUUCUGAGUCAGUAAGAGAAAUUUACAACGCAUUCCAGAAGUUUCAAAGGCUUCGGGUCUAA